AUGGAUCUCUGCCAACCUACCGAAGAGACUGGCCUCCUCACUCCUACCUCUACCUCUUCUCUGUCUACCCAAAAGCGACGCUCACGACCUCCCACGCCUCUACCGCACCUGCAGAUAUGGAUCGUCCUGGUGCUGCAGAUAUGCGAACCGAUAACAAGCCAGAGUAUCUACCCUUAUAUCAACCAGCUGGUGAGCGAGCUGGAUAUCACUGGAGGGGACGAUAGGCGGGUCGGAUAUUAUGCUGGUUUGAUUGAAUCCCUCUUCUUCGCAACCGAGGCCAUAACAGUGCUUCAUUGGAGCCGGUUCUCCGAUACCGUAGGGCGAAAGCCCGUCCUGAUGAUUGGACUGGUGGGGUCAGCCAUCUCAAUGCUAUCAUUCGGUCUAUCAAGAACUUUCUGGGCACUAGUGAUUAGCCGUUGUGUCACUGGAUUACUGAAUGGGAACAUCGGCGUGAUGAAAAGUGUCAUGGGGGACUUGACUGACCCAUCCAACCGCGCGGAAGGAUUCGCACUUAUGCCAGUCGUAUGGUCCUUUGGGGCAACGAUGGGCCCUCUUAUCGGCGGAACGUUCGCGCGUCCCCACGAACGAUUUCCGGGCAUCUUCUCAGGCGCCUUUUGGGAGCGAUAUCCCUACUUUCUCCCGUGUCUCGUCUCCUCAUUCUUUGUCUUUCUCGCCUUCCUGAUAACACUGGUCCUUUUUAAAGAGACUGUGCCAAAACGCCGCCGUCGCUCCCUAUCAUACGAUUCCAUAGAAAUUCAAACCUCCAAAAAGCAUGACAAGCCUGUUCCUCUCCGUGGUUUACUCAUCUUUCCCGUCCUAAUAUCCGUGGCGAAUUAUGUCACACUUGCCUUCCUCAAUAUUGCUUUCAAUGCACUAUUUCCUCUCUUUCUCGCUAUGCCACCUUCCAUAGGCGGGCUGGGUAUGCCUCCCUCAACUAUUGGCUAUAUCAUGGGCGUCUACGGCGCCUCUACCGGUAUCUUCCAAUUUUUUUUCUUCGCCAAAAUAGUCAGAGGGCUAGGCGAACGCAGGGUGUUCAUCAACGGCAUGCUCGCUAUGCCCUUUAUGUUUGCGCUCUUCCCUAUCAUCAGCUUCUGCGGGGGUACACCCUGGAUAUGGGUAGGGAUAGCGAGCCUGGUUGUGUUGUCCAUCAUCAUGGACAUGUCGUAUGGCGCGAUAUUCAUGUUCAUCACUGCUUCUGCGCCCAGUAAAGCGUCGUUGGGCGCCACGAAUGGGCUUUCACAGACUACUGUUUCGAUUGCGAGGGCUAUAGGGCCUGCGCUCGCCACGUCUUUGUUUUCACUUUCGGUGGAGAGGAACGUGCUUGGGGGCUAUGGAGCGUAUGCUUUGUUCGUGGUGUUAUCCGUCGCUGCGUUGGGCUUGGCAGUGAAGCUGCCGAUGGAGAUUUGGGAUGAAGACGAUGAAUGA